UCUCUACCUGUCGACAGGUCACAUGAGGAUACAGGUGGGGACAGACAGAUUUAUGUGCUUUAUCUAUUUAAUUAAUACUGCGAACGUUGCAUUCUUCAAACCACCUAUAGAAGAAGGAGGGAGCGCGCUGUAACGGUUAAGGAGUUGGACCUAUGACUGAGAGAGUUUGGGUUCAUUUCCCAGGUGGGGCUCUGCCUGUUUGCACUAUAGGAGCAGGACAAGGACUCUUCAGGGAAGCCCUGAACCACACUGACCCGAACAUCGAUGUGUUGACCCAAGGAGAGAGAGGGUGACUGGAAUACCUUUCAAAAUGGAGGCCCUGAAGAAAGAAGCGAGAAAACGCUUUCCAAGUGAGAGCACAGCCUCAGUGCCGCAGUUCACCAACUCCCCCACCAUGAUUGUGAUGGUGGGCCUGCCCGCCCGGGGGAAGACCUACAUCUCUAAGAAGCUCACUCGCUAUCUCAAUUGGAUCGGCGUGGUCACCAAAGUAUUCAACGUUGGGCAGUAUCGCAGGAAGGCCGUUCCCACCUAUGAGAACUUUGAGUUUUUCAGGCCGGACAACGAGGAUGCCAUGAAGAUACGCAAAGCCUGUGCCUUGGCGGCUUUGAGUGACAUCUCCGUUUUCUUCAGUCAGGAGAAAGGACAAGUGGCAGUGUUUGAUGCCACUAACACCACACGUGAGCGCAGGGAGAUGAUCCACACAUUUGCCAAGAAGAACAACUACAAGGUUUUCUUUGUGGAGUCGUUAUGUGACGAUCCGGAUAUCAUUGCAGAAAACAUCAAGGAAGUGAAGCUCAGCUGCCCGGACUACAAGGACCGUAGCAUGGAAGAAGCAGCGGAGGACUUCCAGAAGAGGAUCGAUUGCUACAAACGCGCCUACGUGUCCCUGGACGAGGAUUUUGACAGGAACUUGUCCUUCAUAAAGAUCUUUAACGUGGGCCGGCGGUACCUGGUGAACCGGGUCCUGGACCACAUCCAGAGCCGCAUCGUGUACUACCUCAUGAACAUACACGUCACGCCACGCUCCAUCUACCUCUGUCGCCACGGAGAGAGCGAGCUCAACCUGCAGGGCCGCAUCGGAGGAGACGCUGACCUUUCACCCCGGGGCAGACAGUUUGCCUGUGCGCUGAGAGACUUCAUCCAGAGCCAGGGCAUUCAGGACCUGAAGAUAUGGACCAGCCACAUGAAGCGCACCAUGCAGACCGCUCAGCCUCUUGGUAUACCCUAUGAGCCCUGGAAGGCCCUCAAUGAGAUUGAUGCAGGAGUGUGUGAGGAAAUGAUGUAUGAGGAGAUACAGCAGAACUACCCACAGGAAUUUGCCCUGCGAGACCAGGACAAAUACCGCUACCGCUACCCCAAAGGAGAGUCUUAUGAGGACCUGGUGCAGCGGCUGGAGCCAGUCAUCAUGGAGCUGGAGCGGCAGGAGAACGUGCUGGUCAUCUGUCACCAGGCCAUCAUGCGCUGUCUGCUGGCCUACUUCCUGGAUAAGAAUGGAGAACAGCUGCCCUACCUCAAGUGUCCUCUCCACACAGUGCUGAAGCUCACCCCUGUGGCCUACGGCUGCAAAGUGGAAUCAAUUUUCUUGAAUAUUGAAGCGGUGAACACACACAGAGACAAGCCUGUGAAUGUGGCCGUGACCAGACACACAGAAGACGCUUUACAGACUGUCCCAGACCACUUUUGAUUGGAGCAGGCAGAAGAGGUUGAGCAUCUACUAUUAUCAGAUUCCUGUUGGGGUUUCAGAUUUAUGUUGGAGUUGUUUUAUGCCAUCUCAUGUACAUGUACGCCAAUGGCCAUGCAUGUGGUUUUACUGAUCUUACCUUAUUAGCUGUGUGUGCAUGUGCAUGCAUGUGUGCCUGGAAAAGGUGCGUGUCAAGGAAUAUUUGGAAAGCCAGGAAAUGUGCUACAUCAACUCUAAAGAGAACCUCCCACAUUUGACUGUUGUCAAGCCCAUACCGGCUGGCGGUGUGACAUUCUGAAGAAUAUGAAACCUUAUGCAGCCUACAGGACAGCCUGAUUGGUUGAGAGACAAUAUUCCGAGGAUUCAUCCGGGCAAGAACACUUCCCCUCCCAUUCUAGAACCUUCUGACUGAACCUGAGACCACAGUACACAUUCACUGGACCCCAGAACCAGACUGCAUGGUCUGCGCUUUUAAUGUAGAUCCCUGGUGUAUAUGGUCUGUACUCCCAGUGUAGACAUGGUGUGUGUGGUCUGUGCCCCUAGUGUACAGACAUUGUAUAUGUUUGUGUAUGUUUGUGUGGUCUGUGCUCCUAGCAUAGUGUGAGUGCUCUACUUGUGCAACAAAGUUCUGAAGCUGUAAGUUGUAUUAAAUGGACUUCCAUUUAAGAAAAUAAAUCUGUAGAUCUCAUCUUGAAUACAACGUUUUACAAGAUACAUUUAACACAUUUUGAAAUAUUACUACUAACACUGAAUUUUGGUGAAAAACUUGACUACAUGGCUACAGCUCUGAACAGGAUACAAACAAGAGCAAAUAACCACAGGGUCUGAAAACCGAAAGAGAAAGUGCACCUAAUCAGGUCUAUGAGUGGGUAAAUGUGAGCGAGAGGGCCAGGAUGCAGUUUGAAGAUGCAGAUCAGUUUUUUUUGCUCUCAACAGCACCCAAUCCCCCUGGACUGAGUUAAACAAAAUAUAAUCUUGUUAUUCUAUAAUUUAUUUUAUUUUUGAAUUGGCAAAUUAGAGGGGAAAAAAAGGAA